AUGUUCUACAAGAGAUUGAAGAAUGCUUUGAUACAUUAAAUGUUAUUGAAAUAAAAAUUUUUCAUUUUUAAAUUGCAGCUUAAUUUAAUUUUUAUCAACAUUUUUGAUACUCAUCAUAGAUAAAAUUUAAACGAUAAAGAAAUAAUACCAUAACCAUCAAUUAGAUUUACAUUUGAGACAAAUGAUUAAUUAUUAAUUUUAGCUUAAAAAAGAAUAAUUGAAUUAUAUUAGUAAUUGUCUUAAAAUGAUGAGAUAUUUGAAAAUUAAUCAUUACGAAAUAAUAACAAUUCCAUAUUUGAAUAUUAAUUUAAAUUCCAUUUAUCAUUCAAUUAACAUCAAUAACCAUUAUGGUAAGAUAAGAUUAUGUAACAAUUAUCAGCUAUUAAAAAUGAAGAAUAGAAUUAAAUAUUUUAAAAAAAAUAUCAGAGAAAUCAUUAAUUAUAACUAAAAUAAAUAGUUAUAUACUUUAGAUUGAAAUUUAAUGGAAUAGAAAAUGGAGUUAAGUUUUGUUUUCCCUCUAAUUAUUAAUCUGAAAAUAAUGAAUAUUUGAUAUCAAAUGAUGAUAAAAUAAAAACUCAACUAAAAAAAAUUAAAUUUUCAAUAGAUCAAUACAUAAAAUAUUUGGAUAAAAAUGAUAGAUAAAAUAGGAAAUUAAAUUAAUGA